AUGCCUGCUGCGACGCCACGGCGUAUACCCCAAGAGAACAGGGGAGCGUGUCCAUAUCGCCGCACCCCACCCCCACCCCCACCCCAAAUGAGAGGGGCGCUAUGGAGGCCAUCUCCCCCCGCUCCCGCCCCCUCUGACGCGACCCUAGAGGAAACUCAGCGAGCCACCGGCCCUCCCUUCCCGGCCACGCGUUUCCUUCGCCUUCACGGACACGAAGCGGGAAAGCCGCAUUUCCCACUCCUCCCCACGCCAUCAACCGUCUUCACCUUAGAGACUCACCCGCAGCAGCAACAGCCACCAGCAGCUGCGUCGCAACAGCAACAGGGACGGGGGCGGGGCCGGGCAAACGUCCCAGGGCGAACUUCUCUGGCCCACCCCCGCACACCUGGGUCUUUAGUAGAUGAGGCUCCUGGUCCUGGAGAUGGUGAUGGUGACGAUGAUGGGGUGGGAGAUACCUCCUGUACCCCAAGAGGCUGUUCCUGCCAAGCCCUGGCCCGGACCCGCCUCCCCUACUCCCGCUACCUUAGCCGGCCUUGCGCUUGCGCACCUGGAUUCUUCGCUGCCCAGAGAUGCGAAUGGAGCUGGGAUUCAGUCUCCCUUCGUUGCUCGCGCUGGUUCUCGAGGAUUCUGCGUCCUGGCGUCUCCCGGGACAACCCUCGGUCUCUUCCCAGUGGGAGGAAGAGGGCGGUUAAUUUAUUGGGAAGGGCUGUCAGGAAAAAGGGCCAAUCUAGAGCCCGAGAUCUGGCUCAUGCAAAAGCCAUGCUCCGACCCACCCGAAGUUGCGCCGACAGCAGAGUGGGUUUGGGGCUGGCUAUGGGGCGCAGCGACACCCUGCAGCCUAUGGAGUGGGGGAGGGAGGCAGCGUCCACUUUGGCCGAGAGCGAUACGGACAGCGGAAUGGGGGCGAGCAAAGGCAUGAAGAGCCGUGGCUAUGUGAGCAGGGAAGGGAAUAUAAAAGGGGCCCCCAUCAUUGAUUUGAGAGAGUCCAUCCUGGAAGAAGAAUAAAGGGGAACUCCAUCCCCAGAGAUGCCGCAGUUCCUGGCCUUGGAAGAAGUGGAACUGGGAGAAUCAGAUGAGAGGGAGGACAUCUCUGUAGAGGGAGAAGCAGGAAGGCAUGUUACCCUGGCUUUUGUUGAGAAAGAUCCUGGGGUAUCGUUGCAGAAGUGUUCUUCUCAGCAUCAUAACAAGAAGAAGAAGAAAAGGAGAUGAUUGGUGAUCAAUCUAUCCAGUUGCCGAUAUGAUAGUGUUCGUCGGGCAGCCAGACUUUAUGGCUUGCGUGAGGGAGGAGACCAUGAUGACUGGACCCUUUACUGGACAGACUUCUCAGUUUCCCUAGAUCGAGUAAUGGAAAUGAAGAAUUACCAGAAGAUCAACCACUUCCCUGGAAUGAGUGAAAUCUGCCGAAAAGACCUGCUGGCCAGGAAUAUGAGUCGUAUGAUAAAGCUUUUCCCUAAAGAAUUCCAUUUUUUCCCUAAAACGUGGUGUCUUCCUGCAGAUUGGGGUGAUUUGCAGAACUAUAGCAGGUCAAAAAAAUUUAAGACAUUUAUCUGUAAGCCGGACUCUGGCUGCCAAGGGAGAGGUAUAUUUGUCACGCGGUCUGUGAAAGAUAUCAAGCCAGGAGAAGAUAUGAUCUGCCAGCUCUAUAUUUCAAAGGAUGAUAUAUGCAUGCACCUGACUAACUAUUCUAUCAAUAAACACAGUUCUAACUUUGUACGAGAUGGAAACUCUGGCAGCAAAAGGAAGCUCUCCACCUUCAAUGCCUACAUGGACAAACUUGGCUGUGACACGGUGAAGAUGUGGCGAGAUAUUGAAGAUAUAAUCAUCAAGACCUUGAUUACUGCUCACCCUAUAAUUAAGCACAACUAUCAUACCUGCUUCCCCAACCACAUCAUGAAUAGUGCCUGCUUUGAAAUUUUGGGCUUUGAUAUUCUGUUGGACAGAAAACUUAAACCCUGGCUUCUGGAGGUUAAUCACUCUCCCAGCUUCUCCACCGACUCCCGGUUAGACAAAGAAGUCAAAGACAGUAUGCUGUACGACACCCUGGUCCUGAUCAACCUGGGAGCCUGUGACAAGAAGAAAGUCCUAGAAGAAGCGAGGCGCAGGGCAAAGUUUCUGCAGGAUAUCCGUUCCAGGGAAAUCAGGGUUGAGGAAUUAAAGAAUUACCAGGCUGCGCGGCUGGAGAAAAUAGAACGUUAUGAGAAGGAAAAAAGUGGCGGCUUCCGGAGGAUUUAUCCUGAGUGUGGGUCUGAAAAGUAUCAGAAAUAUUUUCAUCACAGCAAUUCACUCUUUCAAAACACGGUGACCUCCAGAGCCCGGGAAAUGCAUGCCCGGCAGCAGAUCCAGGAAUUACGGCUGAAGCAGGAGAAGAAAGCCUUAUGUCUUAAGGAAAAGAAGAAUGAACUUCAGGGUGAAUCAGCAGGCGAUGGGACCAGGGUCUCUCUCCCAAAGGAGACAAAACAAAGAGCACCCGUGUACAGCGCCAGACAACUCUCCACUUCCUCCAUGUUGCUGCCUUGUUCAUCCACGUUGGUUUCAAAGUCAAAGUUGAAGCCAAAGGAAAAUGAAAAUGAGUCUCUGAAAUGCAUAGAACCCUUCAGCUCCUAUGAGGAGACCCCCAAGCGGGAGGCCAAUGCCACCUUUCCAGAGAAAGCUGGUGUGUGUCACUAUAGCUCUGUGCCAGACCUCAGGAAGACACUCUUCACCAGCACAGAAAAGCAGGAGCCCUGGAAACCCAUCUCGGCAAAUGCUGAAGGAUCCAAGUCAUUCUCUGAUCUUCUUGCUCUGGUGGAAACCUCAUCUACUGCCAGUGACUGUCCCCUACAGUCCCCAGAGCCAUUGCCAACUCUGAGCACAUCUCCCAGACCCAUGUCAACUCAUUGCAUCCACUUGGAGGUAGACAGUUCCAUUCAAGUCUUCUACAAGUCACAGAAGUUUGCCCAGAACUCCUGCCAAGAGAAAGUGUCCUCUUCCACCAAGCCCCAAGGCCCAUGGUGUGGCCAGCCACAAAACAGGAACUUCAGCAGCUCUGAGGACAAAAGGCGGUUCCUAAUGACCAAGCUGAUUAACAGCAUGCCCCUGGGGGCACAAUUGUCUUUCCCAACCAGCUUCAACCCAAAGCUGUUGCUGAACAAAAAAAAAAGUGAGAUGAUGCUGAUUUUUGUCUUUCCAGAAUCUGCCUCCCAGCACUGUGGCUGCAGGAGCCAAAGUUGUACAGAGAAGAGGUCUGCCACCUUCCAACUGCUCUUCCAAAGGCCUCAGAGCCAGCAGAUGUCUAAGAAGGACCUGCUGGUGAUUGCCACACAAGCCCGGCUUGAUCCAAGGCCUCCCAAAAACAGCAAGAUUAUAGGGAGGGAUCGCAGUGGUGGGCAAGACUGGACACCGUCUAGGGGCUCCCCAUCCUCCAAGGAAACUACCUAGAAGACUAAGUAGGCAGGACUGACUUUGGUCAGAAUUUUUCUGUAGGAGGUUCAUUCCUUGCACCACUGAUAACCCACCCAGUAUACCCACUACCUCACUUUUGUUCAUAUCCUAAGUCAGGGAUGCCAGAAAUUCACUUCACAAAGACCAAAUUCUAUCUGCAGUUAAGGAGAUGAUUUUGAUGCUUUUUCCUUGAGGUACCGUGGACAGGGGCAGAGAUGGGUGGCCAAAACCUGACUCUCUAAGUCAAUAGGCUUGCAGGUGGGCAUAACAUCCUCACCUUGUAGGCUGGGGGUAGUCUGAGAAUGGAGACUUUAGAGAGGCAUCAGUGUCUAUCAUACAGCAGAA